AAUGUCGAUAUAGAAAACAAUCUAUUUCACAUUGGAAAUUAUGAAAUUGAAAUUCCUGUUGGUUCAUAUGAAUUUUCUGAUAUAGUCGAUUUGAUAACAACAAAAUAUCGGAAACUAAAUCCACAUGGAAAACUUAACAUUAAAGCCAACUAUAAUACUUUACAAACACAUAUAACAAGCUCUAAAGAUCCGAUUUAUUUUGAUAAGAAACAUUCAAUCGGAUCGUUAUUGGGAUUUAGUGGAAAAGUAUUGAAACAUGGUGUAGAACAUUACUCAGACAAAACUAUAGAUAUAACUAAAAUAAAUACAUUAUUCAUUGAAUGUAAUAUCGUUUCUGGCUCAUAUAUAAAUAACGUUUCUGCACAUACUCUUCAUCAGUUUUCACUUGUCGUUAGCCCAGGCUAUAAGAUAACAGAGACACCGGCUAAUGUAAUAUAUUUACCUGUAAACACUAGAACAAUAAAUACCUUAGUCUUAAAAGUAACCGAUCAGGAUGGUAAUUUAGUGAAUUUUCGUGGAGAAAAAAUAACAAUAAAGCUACAUCUGAAACCAUUUUCUUAAAAUAAUGAUAAUUUACAAUAACAACAAUAACAAUUGCAAUAUAAACGAUUUUUAUAAGGAUUCAUCAUUCAGUCGGUCAUUAUCAACGUUGAACGCAAGAGAGAAACCAUCACCUCAACAUACUAAUACUCUUCUAAGUAAGAACAAUCAAGAGUUUUUAAAAAAAUUAGGAUUUCGUUUAAAAGAUAUAAAAAAAAGGAAAAAACAACAUGAGUAAUUUUAUAAACGUCUUGCAGAAGCCACAAUUUGAUAAUUCAAUCAUCAAAAAAGAAUAUCAUAGCUAUACAUCAUAUUUACAGUCGUAUAAAAAUAAUGAUGAAAUUCGUAUAUCGAUUCAAAAUCAAGAUUUGUAUGUUUUACCACACGAAAGUUUUAUAUACGUUGAAGGAUUUGCAACGAAGGAAGAUUCAACAAUAUCAACGAAUAUACGACUCUUGAACAAUUGUAUAGCACAUUUAUUCGAUGAAAUUCGUUAUGAACUUAAUGGAGUAGAAAUUGAUCGUACGAGACAUUUGGGCAUUACAACUGAAAUAAAAAACUAUGUCUCGCUGAAUAAAUCUGAAAGUGAAAAUCUCUUAAAUGCAGGCUGGGCACCUUCUAAUAUCGAUGAUCUGACACUUGUGAGCGGUUAUUUCAAUUUUUGUCUACCAUUAAAACUAUUACUUGGAUUUGCAGAGGAUUUCAAUAAAAUUAUAGUCAACUCUAAACAUGAAUUGAUUCUUUUACGUUCAAAAGAUGAUAAACAAGUCUUAAAGUCUACAGUUUCUACAGAAAACAUUAAGCUAUCCAUUCAAAAUAUAACAUGGAAAGUACCGCAUAUUCAGCUUGCAGAUGCAUACAAAUUGCAAAUGUAUAAAACAAUCAACAAUCGUCAACCAUUAAAUAUAACAUUUAGAAGCUGGGAUAUGUACUAUUAUCCUGCACUUCCAACAAGUACAACUGUUUUGUGGAAUGUUAAGCUAGCUAGUGAAAAUGAAAGACCUCGUUUUCUUCUUAUUGCCUUUCGCAGUAAGGACAACAAGUUUUUACACUGUGACUUAUCAGAUGUAAAAGUACAUCUAAAUUCUGAUACUUACCCAUAUGAUGAUCUAAAUCUCAAAUUUGAUAGAAAUCGUUUUGCAUUAUUAUACGAUAUGUACUAUAAGUUUCAACAAAGCUAUUAUUUUCGUGAUCCACAACCAUUGCUAACACGAGAAAAAUUUAAAACGGAUGCACCAUUAAUAGUUCUGGAUGUGACUCAUCAAAAUGAAACGGUUAAAACUGGACCAAUCGAUAUUCGCAUUGAGAUAAAAACCCUAAAAAAUAUACCAGCUGAUACAUCUGCAUACUGUUUAAUUAUACAUGAUAAAAUGUUUGAGUACAUUCCUCUGACAAAUGAAAUUAAAAAACUAUUGUAAAAAAAAAUAAAAUAAAUAAAAAAAUUUAAUUUUUUUCUUGAAUAAAAAUAAAAUAAAAACAUUUGUUUUUUUCUUUUAAAUGAUUCUAGUGUCUAGUGGUAAGUUAUUAAUAGAAUUUCACAAUAUUAUGAAAUUAGAAAUUUAUUUUUAUAGAAAAAGCGAAAUAAAAAAAAUAUAUAUAAAUUACAGACUUUUAUUAUUUUUUCAUUAUUAUAUAUUUGAAUUCCGUGAAGUGUACAUCUAAUAAAAGUUCAAAAUGGAUCUUUGUACAUUUACUUUGUGGGUGAUAAGUUCAUUUUUAUUGAACACAUUUUUUGUUAAUACAGUACCAAUUAAUGAUAAUAGUAAUACUACAAUUAAUCUUCUUGGUACUACUCCGCAAAUGGAUUCGAAUUCAAAAAGAAAGCGAUCCUUUAGAAACAAGAGACAGUGAAUUUCUAUUAAAUGAUGAAAAUUACGAUGAUGACGAUAUAAAUGAGAACAUAACAACAACAACAACAACAACUACUACUACUACUACCACUACUACAGCUGCUCCAUCAUUUACUACGGAUGACCCCUUAUUAAAUUAUUUUACAGUGGAUGAUGCUAUAGAAGCAUUUCGUAAAGAUUUAAUAAAACAAGAGUUAACCAUUGGUGGUAUACUAGACUCUAAAGAACCA